AUGAUGCUCAAUUCGGACCAGACCGAGCUGGACCUCCAGCCAACACACUCCGAGACGGAGUCGGUCUUCAGCGACUGCGGAGGCCGAGGCCUCGCAGGGGAAGAAGCCGGUGGCGGGCUGGGCUUAUGCAGCCAGUCCCGGGUAGCUGAGCCUGGUGACCCUCUGAAGAAAGACCUGCAGCACCUGAGCCGCGAGGAGCGGCGGCGACGGCGGCGCGCCACGGCCAAGUACCGGACGGCGCAUGCCACACGAGAGCGCAUCCGCGUGGAGGCCUUCAACAUGGCCUUCGCCGAGCUCCGCAAGCUGCUGCCCACGCUGCCCCCAGACAAGAAGCUCUCCAAGAUCGAGAUCCUGCGGCUCGCCAUCUGCUACAUCUCCUACCUGAACCACGUGCUGGACGUCUGA